AUGAACCACACAGCCGACUUUUCGGAGUCGCAAGCCCUCCAGGAUGAGAUCGCCGAGCUUGAACGGCGCUUGGAUGUUGCUAAACGCAAGUUGAAUGGCAAUCGCGUCAACCAAAGAGCUACUCCUAGUCCCUCCAAGAUCCUUCAAAGUGUUGGGCCGUUUUCUGCCUCAUCUCACCAUUUUCUGCUCCUGCUUUCGGAUUCUGCGCUCCCACUGGGCUCGUUCGCAUUCAGUAGUGGUCUCGAAUCUUAUCUCGCCCAUACCCGUCCGAGCUCCUCGUUCCCCGCCUUCCUUGGCUUCUCUCUCUCCUCAUAUGCGUCAACCACUUUGCCCUUCGUCCUUGCGGCUUACAGGAGCGUGCUCGUCUUGGUGGAACUCGAUGAUACUCUAGAUGCGGCAAUAAUGUGUACGGUGGGUCGUCGGGCCUCUGUCGCUCAAGGAAGAGCUCUACUUUCGAUUUGGGAUCGAUCAUUCAGCUCUGCAUUGCCAGUUGGGGUAGCAGUUGCAAGUGUACAGGCAUUGAAGGAAUUCACGAUUCUUUUGCGCGGGACAUCUUCAACUGCAAUUCUCAAUGACCUGCCAACGGCUUCCGCCCAUCUUGGUCCAUUGUUCGGAGCAAUUGCUUGCAUUCUGGGAAUGAGUUUGGAGCAGACAGCAUAUGUUUUCAUGUUGAGCCAUGUCAAGGCCCUGCUGUCGGCUGCUGUAAGAGCUAGUAUCUUUGGGCCAUACCAUGCCCAGAAGCUACUGGCAAGUAUAGAUGUACAGCACAUCAUACAACGAGUCAUCGAGCAAGAGUGGAACACAAGCAUCGAAGAUGCUGGCCAAAGCGUUCCCGUCAUGGACUUGUGGGUGGGAAGGCACGAAAUGCUGUACUCUAGAAUCUUCAACAGUUGA